CAGACAGCAGUGAGCACAUCAGUCAUCAACAGUAACACAUGUAGGCUGUAGCUAGUUGUCUUAAAUUUUAAUUAAAAUCCAUAUGUAAGUUACGAAAAAAUUAAAGUUAUCAUAGUAACAUUUAUUGUGGUAACCGUAUAGUCAAGAAACAUUUACGUAACGAAUGUCAAGGGACAUUUUUACAAUUAAGUCUAAAAGUAAAAGUUCAGGAUAACCAAGAACAUUGACUGUUUUGUUGAAGAUGGUGCGUAAAUUAAAAUUCCAUGAACAAAAACUUUUAAAAAAGGUAGAUUUUAUAUCAUGGAAAAUAGAUAACAAUCUUAAUGAAGUCAAGGUAAUGAAAAAAUAUCACAUCCAAAAGAGGGAGGAUUAUACUAAGUACAACAAAUUGUCAAGAGAAAUAAGGGAUCUGGCAAAUAAAAUAAAAGAUGUUGAUGCAAAUAUGGAAUUUCGAACAGAGUCCAGUGCUCAAUUAUUAGAAAAACUAUAUCAAAUGGGUUUAAUACCAACUCGAUGGGAUUUAGCACUUGCACUUAAUGUAUCAGCUAGUUCUUUUUGUAGAAGAAGAUUACCUGUUGUUAUGGUUAGAAGUAAAAUGUCACAGUCUAUUAAGGAUGCCACAAAAUACAUAGAACAAGGACAUGUUAGAGUCGGACCAGAAGUAGUAAAGGAUCCUGCAUUUCUUGUCAAUCGAUCAUUAGAAGACUUUGUCACAUGGGUAGAUGGGUCUGCUAUCAAGAAACAUGUUAUGGAAUAUAAUGAAAUGCGAGAUGAUUUUGAAAUGGUGUAGCAUACACAAGACCAUUAAUUUGACAAAAUUUCUUUAAAUAAAAUAUUUUUUCUUAAA